UGCAUCAUUGGCCCUUUUGAAAAACAGCUGGCUCACGCAAUUGGUCAAUUUUCAAACACGUCGAGCGCGGUUAGUUUGAAGGAAACAGCUUAGUAGAAAACCUACAGCAGCUGAGGGUAGGUCUUAGCCAACCAUCGUAUCCCGAAGAGAAUAGUUUUGAAAAGCGGAACCAGUCAAAAUGGAGGACUACCUGAAGAUUGAGAAAAUCGGUGAAGGUACGUAUGGAGUGGUGUAUAAAGGCAGACAUAAGGCCACAGGCAAGGUGGUUGCCAUGAAGAAGAUCCGUCUGGAGAGUGAAGAGGAAGGUGUACCCAGCACUGCCGUCAGAGAAAUCUCUCUGCUCAAAGAGCUGCAGCAUCCUAAUGUUGUACGGCUUCUAGAUGUGCUGAUGCAGGAGUCCAAACUCUACCUGGUGUUUGAGUUCCUCUCAAUGGACCUAAAGAAGUACCUGGACUCGAUACCCUCCGGCCAGUUCAUGGAACCUAUGCUAGUAAAAAGCUACCUGUACCAGAUCCUGGAGGGGAUCCUGUUCUGUCACAGCCGACGGGUUCUGCACAGAGACCUGAAGCCCCAGAACCUGCUCAUCGACAACAAGGGCGUCAUCAAACUGGCCGACUUUGGGCUGGCUCGGGCCUUCGGGGUCCCAGUGAGGGUCUACACACAUGAGGUGGUGACGCUGUGGUACAGAGCGCCAGAGGUGCUCCUGGGCGCCUCUCGUUACUCUACACCCGUAGACGUCUGGAGUAUUGGCACCAUCUUUGCCGAGCUCGCCACCAAGAAACCCCUCUUCCAUGGUGACUCUGAGAUUGACCAACUCUUCAGGAUCUUCAGGACCCUGGGAACACCAAAUAAUGAUGUUUGGCCAGAGGUGGAAACCCUGCCUGACUACAAGAACACUUUCCCCAAGUGGAAGGGGGGAAACCUGUCCACCACAGUAAAGAAUCUCAACAAGAGUGCCAUUGAUCUGCUUGGGAAAAUGCUGAUCUACGACCCACCGAAGCGUAUCUCCGCUCGGCAGGCCAUGAACCAUCCUUACUUUGAUGACCUCAACAAAAGCACCCUCCCUGCCAGCAACACGAGGAUUUAACCUAGCAACCGGCUGUCAUGGAGAUGGUGCCCAUGGCAAACCAUGCAAUUAUGGAGCAAUACUCACCUCGGAAUUUGUUUGUUGAUGUUUAUGUUAAUUGUUGCGUUUGUCUUCUUUAAAUGUUUGUAUGCCUUCGCUUGUGUAAUAGAAGGCAUUUGUGUACAUACAUUAUUGUGCUUUUUUGGAGUGAAAUGGCAGUUUGUAUAUGUUUCCAGUAAAGUGCACUUUUCACAUCAAACAUCAUUGUGCUUUUUGUUUUUGUACUUUUUCUAGAGAGAAGCCGUAAAGGUGUGGGGUGUGUUUUUCAUUUUUGACAAACCUUUUCCUGAAAGGCCUUUUAAUUUGAAAAUAUAUAAUUGACAUGGCAAAAUAAAGACCGUGUUUACCAUUA